AUGAAUUCGGCUAAGGCCUAUGUAUGCGAACACAUACUCCGAACUCUUCAUUUGGUUAUUUUAUUUCUUGAUGAUGAGCAGAUUAAAGGACUUCCACUUUUGCUUUCUACUGCAAUUAACUUUUUUCCUCCAGUUGUACAUUCCAAUAUUAUUGAGCUUCUAUGUACCGUCGUCAUUCCUUUAGUCUAUGUUAAUAAUUCUCAGGAUUCUUACGCUUUGGAUUCUAUUCCUUCAAUGUUGACAACCGUUUUCCAACAUGUCGAAAGUCCAGAAUGCCAUUCGUGGCUCUUGGAAAGUCUUCUAAGCCGGAAAAAAGAUCUCUAUAAGGAUUUGUUCACUGUGAUUGCCUAUGGUUCAACAGAAGCUCGCUUACCUGCAAUCUAUCUUCUCUUCCACUAUUGGCCUGAAUUGUGUCCUCCUGCCUUUCAAGGUUUCGAAACACUUAAACCGAAACAUUAUACAUGGGAAUCUUGGAAACCAGUUACUUGUGAACGUACAGACUGUCCGAACAAAGUUGGCAAAGCUACUGCAAUGAAGAUGACGAUGGACCCUCAAGUAGCCGUUAAGCAUGGAAGCAAACCCCCUCCUCUCUACGUUUGUCUCGAUUGCGCAGAUGCUCUUAGUAGGCGUGAUGUGGAUCAGCUUGUUGAUAUUCUUCUUCCCAGCAGACAGAUGAGCAUGGUAUGCGAGUCAAAGACCUGCCGAAGUAAGAACAACACAGCUAUUCUUACUUGCUAUUCUAUUCAAUGUGCAUUUCUCAAUGGAAAUCGUCCCAUUCGAUUCUGUGAGACCUGUCAUCUCAUUCGCCACAGUUCGCAAGCCCUUGAAAAUGCCAAAGAUACUCCUCCAAUGGAACACGUUUAUCAGACUCAAAUACCUGACAUCUGGCUGUGUGGUCUUGACCUCCAACCUAUGAUGCUAGAGUCAAUAGUCACGUUGAUUCGAGAGACCCAACCGAGAUGGAGGCAACAACUCCUUGGCCUGCCAGAUGAACCUGGUGCUGGAGUAGGUCCAGGUCGAAGUGGAUCGGGGGUCGAUCGAGGUGUCGGUGUAGGUGCUCUGGGUGCGGCGUCGGUCGUAGGACUUGGAGGGGGUCCGGCUGGUCCUGGGGGACCUCCACAACUUUCUGCUGUUGUGUCGGCUCCUCCCACCGACUUCCUCAUGUCUGCAGCUAGUGUAUCUGGAGUGCUGGGCACCGCGAUGAUGGGAACUAAUCCGUCCCCUUCUAUUCAAGGGCUCAAUUUGGAUGGAAUAACAGCAAAUGUAAAUACUUCCUUUGUUGGAUUGAAAGAAGGAACGCUACAGAAUAAGUCGACUUUUCAAAUAUCUGGAAGAUUCAUUGUGGGACCUAAUGGUGAACCGGAACUCACUUUGGAAGGUCGUUACGAUGACGAAGACCACAAAAUCCUCGCUGUCUAUGGUGCUAUGUUGGCAGGCGAAAAAUGCAGACCCGGUGAGAAGACUAAUUUGUCUAUUCUUUCGGAAUUCAAACAGGACAUUUUAACCCGAAUUACUGCUGGUAUAUUCAAUUGGUUUUUGGAUACUGCAUACACCAAUGAAGAUGAACUAGGUGAACUGAUCGAACGUCUGAAGAGUGAGUAUAUGCUGAAAUGGAUCCAGGAGGUUCAACACACUCAUCCAGAAGUUGUCCUCGCGGUUCUUUUGCCUCAUCCUGUUGAGGUUGCGCGCGUUGGUAGUUGUUGGGACACAAUAUGUGGAAAAACCUCGAUAGUUAAACAAGGUCUAAGUCGAGUCAGCAGUCUCAUUCCUUACGAUGUGAUGACUUUUGAGACUUGGGAUUAUAUCAUUCCCUACUGGUUGGAAUCAAUCCGCACUGAAGUCAAACCAGACGACUAUCGUGAACUGGAAAUACUACUCAAGAAAGUAUUUGACGCCACGGCUGGGCCUUUCCCGUUCCUGCCUGCCAAAGUUUAUCAUUUCGCCAGUGAGCGGUUUGUUGAUGCUACUGCUCCCGUUCAGGAUCAAGUUCUUUCCUGGUUGGAGAUUCUGACAACCGUCGAAGUUGCGAUUCCAAUGAAAGAGCUCUUUACUAUGUUUCGUAGUGGUGUAGCCGCCUUCCUAAAAGCCGGAGUACUCACAGAUACGGUACGUAUGGAGGAACAUAAGGCUCUGCCUGCAUCCACGACCAAUCGAUCCUCCUCUGGAUGGUUCCUCGAUGAAUGUGAUUUGGAGAAUUUUGGUCUCUCUGAUGAUGAUGGAAGUUAUGCUUCUGAUGAGGAGGGUGAUGAUGAUGGCAUUGACAGCGAUAACGGAAAUUCUCUUGAUGAAAUGGAUGAGGAGGAUGUUGAAGAAAUUGAAGAGGAAGAUAUUGAUGAAGAUACCUCUGACAAUGGUACCCUCAACCGCGGUAUGCCUCAGGAAGUCGGCAAUGAUUCCGAUGAUUUUGAAGCUAUUAGAACGAGUGCUGCGGAUGCUGACGAAUCUAGUGAGCUCUUAUUACCCGGCUCAAAAUCUACCGCAGGUAUUACCACGGAGAAAAGUAGAAGGAAAUCUUCCACAUCUACUGGGCUACCACGCGACUCCAUUCGCUUCUUCCUCGGUGAGAAACGUGGAAUGCGGGAGACAAGUCGAGAUGUCCGGGACGAAUUAUCAGCUCUUUCAGAAGGCGUCAAGCGAAACAUAUUAACUAAACGGCUUUCUUCUGGCAGUCUUUUGAAAAAUACCCGAAAGGCAAAUGUUAAGAGACAAUCACGCCGGUCCUCAGUGCUUAAAAAUCGCUCCCAGAAAAUACGUUCUGCAGCCGCAACUUGGGAAAAUAAGGAGACUGUGGUUUAUCGAUCUACCAAAUGUCUUGGGCAGAUGCUGAAUUUAGUCUUGAAACAGCUCAAGAUUAGUGAUCCUUUUGGGCAUGGUGGGUUCACUCAAGAGACGCCUCAGUUGGUUCUCUCCCUCCUGAGUGAUAUGCUGAAUCUCACCUGGAUGCCAACGGCUCUUCGAAACCAUUUAGACGCGGAUACCAGACGUUUCAAGCACCACCUAUGUCGUCCGAAUUCGGGACCGAGUACAAAAACCAUUAGUAGUGGUGGUGGUGAAGUUGUCUGUUUGGGCCACUGUACAGCUCCCUCGCCUAUUAACAGUCAACAAAAUGGCCCUAAUGGGCCUUCAAAUAGGGGAUCAAUUGGAACCAAUGGAAACAGUUUAUCAAGUAGUAAUCUAGCUGCUCUCCUCUCCGCAACUCAAUCAGGUGCAGCGGCGAUGGCUGCUGUUAUGCCGGUUGUCAUAGGAGAAGAGGACUUUUGUGCUUAUUGUCAGGAUGUUUGCUGGUGGUUUGAGCUGGCUAGUCUACUAUGUUAUCAUCUAGCUCCGGCUUCACCACCGGCUCUGCCAAGAUUGGAACUUUCUGUCUCAGCUAUAAGUUCUUUUCUGACAAAACCUGAUUAUCCUAAGUGGUGCACUGGUUUGGCUGCGAACGACACGAACCGUCGAUUAGAUGAAAAAUCUCAGUCAAAAGUAGUCAUAGACCCCAACUCUACUGAACCUUCCGAAGCCGAUCUCCUCAGCUUUCCACCAACACUUCGAUUCAUCUACCAACUUCUUCGAUGUCUUAUGGGAAAGCCCGGUUGUGCAGGCGUCUCUUAUGUCCUUCAUCCACACUCAAAUUCAAUGCCCACUAAUUCGAAGGAGGCGACGAAUAAGGACAAUGAAUCUUCGUAUGAAGGUCGCACACCACGUGAUCCUGUGAUUCUUCGUCAUCUCUUAGAGUGUCUAAAUUGCCUAGUACGAGUGGGAAAUGCCCUUCAAAAUAUUCUCAAUGCGGCGGCACGUGCUGCAGAAAUGGCAGCCGCAGUGAAUGCGUCGACUACCGGACAAUCUGCUGCAUUGGCGCCUCGAAUUCCUCGACCUGGUGGACACGCUGGACCGUCGGGAGGAACAGCAGGUUCUGCUAGUACAAACACUGUGGCUUCGCUGGCAAUUCAAGCCUCAUUUGUACUUUAUUUGGUUGAAUAUUGUCUUAUUCCUACAUUAUGGAAUCUUUUGACAGCCGACUAUACUCAUCUCUCCAGCUGGGUAGUGCCUCUUCUCAUUCAGGCCAUUACUGUUCCGGGGAUGGCUCUAGUCUUCUGGCGUCUGGUGGAUCAUGAAUGCAGCCACGUUGAUUGGAAAGUUCGCUUUGAUGCAAUGGAAAAGAUCUAUUGCCUCCUUCGCCAGCUAGAUGUUGCAGUAGUGUCUGGAUUCUACAAUGGCCCUGCUUCGAAGGGAUUAUCAAUUGGACGCCCAGCGACUGCUUCAACAGUCAGUAGUGGGGGUGGUGGUCAGAGUGGCGUUGGAGGGUUGGCAGCACGAGCCGGCAGACGUGUUGGCGCUUUUCGUGGCCAGAAUGCAAAUGCGGCUGCAGUGUUGAGUGCUUCUGGAAACUAUGGAGGUCAUCUUCUUUGGGAAUGUGGUGAUGGGAGAGGUGGAGUUGGUGGUGCUAUGGGUCCCCUUCAUCCUUUUGUACUAAAUGCGAUUGCUCACUUGACCUCUCGACUAAUUGGUUCACUAGAUGACUACAGUUCUGUUGUUGCUCAAAGAAGCUCGUAUCAUUUAAAUGGGCUGGAUGAUAACGCAUUAAGCUGCUGUAUCCAAUGUAUGGAAUACCACUUCGAUACCAUAGCCGCUGAUAGAACUCUAAUUUUGCAACGAAUGCAACAGUUGAGCGUUGCUCUACCCAACCGGCAAAUAUUCACAUGGGGCUUCUUCAUUGAUCGUUUUGGGAUCCUCUCAAUCGGUGCACAAAUUUCUGGCAAAAAUAACCCAGACAUCGAUUCAGUAACCGACCUCAAUAAUAUGAACAAACGUGGAGAUGUCUUCCAGCAGCAAUUUAAUCGAGCUGUUUUUGCUGCCUCUGGAGUUGGAAUGUUGCCGUCUCUUACUAGUUCCCCAAAGUGCUUUCAUGCUGAAGAGAGGGACAAGGAGAACAAAGCUGUUGAAUCAAAACCACUUCCAAAAGUGGUCUUCAAAUAUGCCGAGGAUCAUGAUUCAGGUCAUGCGUCUUCUCCACCUGGAGAAACUCAUCAUGUACUUGGUGAAAAUCGUCGAUCAAGACCAUCCGUGAUAAAACUUACAGGCUUCUUUCCUGUUCAUAUUCUUUCCAAAGUGUUCUAA